AUGCACACAGUGGAGAAACAAUUGGAAGGUAUGGAGUACGUAAAUAAUUUCAGUCGGAGUCAGCGGCUUCAAAAACAUCAACGGAUUCACACAGGUGAGAAACCAUUUAAAUGUAUGGAGUGUGGAAAGAACUUCAAUCGCGGUGUAGAACUUAAUAUACAUCACCGAACUCACACGGGUGAGAAACCAUAUAAAUGUAUGGAGUGUGGAAAGAGCUUCAGUCAUAGUCAAACCCUUAAAAUGCAUCAUCAAACUCACACAGGUGAGAAACCAUUUAAAUGUAUGGAGUGUGGAAAGAGCUUCAAUCGCGGUGUAGAACUUAAUAUACAUCACCGAACUCACACGGGUGCGAAACCAUAUAAAUGUAUGGAGUGUGGAAAGAGCUUCAGUCAUAGUAGCAACCUUCCAAGACACCAACGAACUCACACAGGGGAGAAACCAUAUAAAUGUAUGGAGUGUGGAAAGAGCUUCAGUCAUAGUCAAACCCUUAAAAUGCAUCAUCAAACUCACACAGGUGAGAAACCAUUUAAAUGUAUGGAGUGUGGAAAGAGCUUCACAGUUAAUGGAAAACUUAGAAGACAUCAACAAACUCACACAGGGGAGAAACCAUUUAAAUGUACGGAAUGUGGAAAGAGCUUCCAUAACCGUGGACACCUUAAUGCACAUCAUCGAACUCACACUGGUGAGAAACCAUUCAGAUGUAUGGAGUGUGGAAAGAGCUUCAGUCACAGUGGAGAUCUUAAAAGACAUCUACAGACUCACACAGGGGAGAAACCAUUUAAAUGUACAGAGUGUGGAAAGAGCUUCAGUCAAAGUGCACAUUUUAGAAUUCAUCAAGUAACCCACACAGGAGAGAAACCAUUUAAAUGUAUGGAGUGUGGAAAGAGCUUCAGAGUUAAUGGAAAUCUUAGAAGACAUCAACAAACUCACACAGGGGAAAAACCAUUUAAAUGUGCAGAGCGUGGAAAAAGCUUGUGUCAUAGUAAAGCGCUUAUAAAACAUCAGCAGACCCACACAGGGGAGAAACCAUAUAAAUGUAUGGAGUGUGGAAAGAGCUUCAGUCAUAGUAGCAACCUUCCAAGACACCAACGAACUCACACAGGGGAGAAACCAUAUAAAUGUAUGGAGUGUGGAAAGAGCUUCCAUAGCAGUGGAAACCUUAAUUUACAUCAUCGAACUCACACUGGUGAGAAACCAUUCAGAUGUAUGGAGUGCGGAAAGAGCUUCAGUCGCAGUGGAGCUCUUAGAACACAUCAACGGACUCACAAAGGUGAGAAACCAUUUAAAUGUAUGGAGUGUGGAAAGAGCUUCUGUCAGAGUGGAGGCCUUACAAAGCAUCAACAGUCUCACGUGGGUAGGAACCUUAAAAUGUAUUGA